CUGAGAAUGCAAAGUUAAGACAGGAUAUGGAAGAGUAUGAGAUUAGAUUUGCGAAACUAGAGCAGAAUGAUAAAGAAAAAACUAACCUUAUUGCUAAACUAGAUGACGAUAUCAAAGGAAUCAAACAGGAUCAAAUUGUUGCCAUUUCACUAGAGGCAGAGUCAAAGCACAAGCUAACAAAUUCGUGCCUAAUCUCUGAUUCUUCUGAUUCUUCUACUGAAUCACCAAUAACUUCAUCUACCGAAGCACACUCUGAUAAAGAAACUUCGAUUCACUGUGAAUCAAAUAAUUCUAUGACUAGCAUUACUCCUAUAACCCCCAAACAGAUAGAAUUUUUACAUAGUAAAAAUGAUGCUCCCAUGUCUAAUAUAUUUAAUAAUUCUUCAAAUUCUGAUGUACAAGAAGUGACUGCCUCCAGCAAUUCUGAUAUAUACCAGGAUUCGGUAACCCCCACAUCUCCUAUUCCCGUAGAAACCAUAUCAUUAGAAGAGAAGGAAGAAAAUGAAUUCCUAAAUUUGCAGUAUAAGGAACAGGUUAGUAAAGAGAUAAUGGAGAGAAUUAGGGAAAAGAAACUUCGAGAUCAAGAAUUACUCUCAACUCCUGAAGAUAAUACUCCUAAUAUUUCGUAUAUGUCUAGUGAUAAAAUCUCUGAACAAAAUACCGAACUUAUAGAUUCCCCUGAUAAACCACUAACAAAUCUAAUCGUGGAACAAGAAUUACAGCAACAGAUUGCUGUGACUACUGGAGAUAAUAAUUCAGCUAUGUUAGACGAAGACUCAAUGCAAAAUAUUGACAUUUCUAUCAAUGAUUUGUCCCCAGUUUCAGUGCAGACCAUAGUAUGCAUAUUUCGAAAAGCAAUUCGAUCUGGGCAAGAUACAAUUUUAUAUUGGUAUCACUUUGCUGGAAAAUAUGACAGAAGAAUAGAUGAAAUUUCUGUUAGCAACAAGGUCGGUAAGAAAAAGGCAACCAGCUUAGUAUAUCACGAAAUUAAACAGUUUCUACCUGAUAUCACGGAUGUGAAUUUACGACAUAUAAUUCUCAAAGCUAGAAAAAUUAGAACACUUUUUAGUGCAGUAGGGAUAGAAAAAAUUAAACAAGUUUCAUAUAGCGCAAAUGCAAUUUCUAACCUCUCUUAUACGCAAAUCCAAAACAUCGUAAAUUAUGUUAACGAACAGACUUCUAACUCAAAUAUUCCACUAACCAAGAAAACCUUGGAGGAAACUGAGGUAAACGAAGUAAAUAUAUCUAUCAAAUCUCAAUCCCUUGUUUUAUCUAGUAAUAAACCAUCUCCAGAAAAUGAUCAAGAUUUGGAAUUUUCAGGAACCAAGAUACAG